GGUCUUGAAUGGAUGCUGCGGAGACUGAGGCGGCACCAACCUGACCCUGGCAAGAGACUCUCCUCCGAUUGGAGCGCCAGAGGCAGGGCCUCACAACCGCGUAAUGGCAAGGCAAACAAGGAGGGAGUGACCUCACCAGGGCUGGAAAGGAAGAAGGAAGGAAAGAGUGAAAAAGAGAGAAAGGAGGAGAAGAGGGGAAGGAGGGGCCUGGAGGUGGCAGCCGCACAGGUGAGCUAGGCAGCCGCAGGGCGUGCCGGAGGCGAAUCAGAGCAGACAACAGGACAACACUGGACCUCUACAGGUGAUUGGCUGACCCUGGGUUCCGGGGCUCCUCCGAGGGCAGAUCCAUGGACCGCGGGGUGACCAUCAAGAACCCCUAUGCCAGCGUGAGCCUCCCUCGGGCGCAGCUCAAGGAGGACUUCCUGCGCUACUCCCUGGGCGAGGACCAGGCCCCGGGCACCGUGCUCUACAGCCCCAGCCAUUUGCCCACCUACGCGGAGGGCCCUCCGGACCAGGCUUCGGGUCCCAGAGUGCCCACGCGGGAGUCCUGGGCCCGGCCCUUCAACCCUUACGCCAGCCUCUCCCUGCCCAACAGUGGGGCCGCUGCUCCAGAGCCUUUCCACUGGAAGAGCCAGCAGGCCUCAGGCGGCGGGGACAGCAGGGGCCCUAAAGGCAGAGGCUGCUGCUGCUGCUGCCCUUGCUGCCGGAAGUGCUCCCCAUGCAGCAGGCGCUGCAACUGCGUCAUCUCCUAAGACAAGACCCCCAGGUUGGCCCCCAAAGUGCUGCUGCUUCCACCCAAUGCAAACCGCAAGGGGCAAUUCCGCUUUGGACCUUGAAAAUGUCAAAACGAAGCAACACAAAACAGGAAUGGAAAACUGGACUCUUUGGACGAAAGGGCUCUCCUUAGGAAGGAGCAGCACACACCUUUGCACCCCACGUGCAUUGACUUUGUCUUCUCUGCAGGACUCCCUCAAUCAGUCAUAGAGUUGAAAGAGACCUCCAGAGGCCACUCAGUCCAGCCCCCUUAUGCCAGGAAGGAAAUGCACCAUUCAAUCCCUCCUUACAGAUGGCCAUCCAGUCUCUCCUAGAAUCCUAGAGUUGGAAGAGACUCCCAAAGAACAUC